AUGAACAACAUAAAUUUAUACAAACUAAUAGACGCAGUGUCAAAACGACCCCCGUUAUAUGAUAAAGAUGACCCAAUGUAUCACUGCCAUAAUAAGUUCAAACACAGACUGUGGAGGGAAUUGUGUACUGAUGUGUUUACAGAUUGGGAGACGAUGCCAAUGCAAAAGAGGAUAGAAUAUGGGAGGGAGCUUAAAAAACGAUGGAAAAACCUACGAACCUGCUUUGGAAGGGAAAUGUCUUUUCAGAAGAAAGAAUACAAAGACAUAUUAGAUGGCAGAGAAAUGAAACGCAGAAAGAGAUAUGAAUACUUCAACAGAAUGCUUUUCCUACUAAGUAAGGAACAAAAGAAAGAAAUGGAAAAAAUUAUGGCUGUAACCUCUACCAAUCAUCAUGCUGACACAACUGACCAUGGAGAUAAUCAGAGUGAAGUCAACAAUGAUUCCAAUGAAAUCAAAACUGAAUGUCCCAGUGAAUAUGACGAUGAUGAUAAUAUUAUGGUCAUAGAGCCUCAGGAAGAACUGAAAGCAGAAAACCCGUUUCAAAACCCUGAGAUUGUUGAAGGUGUCAGUUUGAAUUCUUUGAAUUGUGAGGAAGAUAAACUAUUUUUGCUGUCGCUGUUGAAAACUUUUGGAAAAUUCGACGAUAGACAGAGAUUUGAAGCUAAGAUUCAGAUUUUGCAGACGCUAAAGAAGAUACAAUUUCCCGAUGAAUAGAAAAGAAUUGAUUGUGUAUCUAGAAAUCAAUUAGUCUAGCCAUGCGCAUAUGAAAUUUUGAAAUUGAGUGCCUUAUUCAAGUGACUGAAAUUAAAUGGUGGCCAAACUACUAGCUUUAUUUAACAUUGGUUGUGGUUUGAUGGAAAUAUCAGGAAUAGAUGAGAGAUAUACCUACCUUAGUUGUCUUUUGUACAAUCAUUUCAUAAGUGACAGGGACCUUUAAUUCAAAAUCCAAUUUACUUUUAUAGAUAUUG